AUUGAGGAAAGUCGAAGCAGACGAUGAGAUGAGCAGACGACAGGACUGUGGAUGCGUUCUCGAAGUGGUUUCGUUCUGGCAUUCUGGUACACGCCGACAACCUCACUAAAGCCUGUGACGAUCGAGUGAUAGCAGCGCCAUGAAACUGCUGAGAACCAGACUCGCCUUUUUGCCGGACUGGAGGCGGGCCCUCCGUAUGAUGCUACCAUCUGAGAUCCUACCCAAAUUUAAUUAUGGAACAUCGGGGUCCUACUUGGAACGAAGUUAGACACGCAUUCACCAAGGACACAACAGGAUGCAUUACCAGCACAAUCGAAAAACCUCCAUCUUGUGCGCGUCGUUGCGAAACAAUCGGCCAACGACACCCCUGAUGACGGCCUUGGGCCUUGCACUAGUCCUCUGGGUCCUACAGCCGCCAGUACUGGCAUCGAGGCUAGACAUCGGGGACUUCCAGCCGAGGGGAGUUGAGAAUUUCCUAAUGGGUGCCGUGCAGUCGCUGCUUGAGAAGAGUCAUACGGCGCUGCUAAAACUAGCCGACAGGAUGCCUAACCUGGUGCCCAGGAUGGAUGCUCAAGAGUGCCUCAAGAGGACCAUCUGCGAAGCGCAUAACAGGCCUGGUCGCUAUGGGAUCGUCGGUGUUGCCCUGCAACUAAUCUUUCCGCCAUUCAAGCCUGGAGCGGAGGAGACUGCGCAGAUGACACCGCUGCAACUUGCCGCCAAGUACGGGCGAGGUUCCGGAGCAGACUGCGGUCGCCAGUAUGACGGCUGCUUCCUGGACAUUCUACAAACCAUGCAGGGAGUCGUCGACUACGCCAUCCGCCGCCAAAGGAGGACGCUCAAUGCGGCACACAAUGCUGGUGUGGCCCACAGUGCUGGUGUGGUCCACAGUGCUGGUGGGGCCCAUGGUGCCGGUGGGGCCGGUACUGCUGUGGCCCACAAUGUCGGUGUCAUCCACGGUGUUGGCGCGGCCACGAUGGUCAUAGUGACGCCAGCCACGCGCCUCGAAGACUCCGAAGGACUCUCCGAAGAGGAAUAUGAGAAGAUGCACUUCGCCAGAUGGCGCCUCCAAUAAACCACGCGUUGCUAAAAAGAAAAAAAAAAAAAGAGAAGACAUUCUUUCUUUUUGUAUUAACACCGGGUGUACUGUUCUUAGAUAACUUAUACAAUGCGAGGGAUGCGAGAAGCUCCGUAAGAAACACUGAGUCAUGCGCCUUCCUCUGUAUACGGGACGCAA